AUGUUCAUCACUUCUCUCUUAGCAAUCGGCCUGGCGCCAUUGCUCGCAGCCGCCCAACUCUCCGGCAGGGUAGGCCCAACAACCCCCCACGCCACCAAAGCCGCCCAUAAAACCUGCAGCGUCCUCGAUUAUGGCGGCAAGGCAGACAACACCACCGACAUCGGCCCAGCCAUCAGCUCCGCCUGGGACGCCUGCAAGUCCGGCGGUGUUGUCUAUAUCCCACCCGGCAACUAUGCCCUCGAGACCUGGGUCUCUCUGACCGGCGGAACGAGCACCGCUAUCUGCAUGGAUGGAAUCAUCUACCGUACUGGUACCGAAGGGGGAAACAUGAUCUUCAUCGAGCACACAUCUGACUUUGAGCUCUUCAGUUCGACCAGCAAAGGUGCGGUGCAGGGGUUUGGAUAUGUAUUCCACCGGGAGGGAUCGCUGACUGGACCUCGUAUCUUGCGCCUGUAUGAGGUUACGGACUUUUCGGUUCAUGAUCUUGCGCUUGUGGAUUCGCCGUCUUUCCAUUUCUCGAUGGACACCUGUGAAAAUGGCGAGGUUUAUAAUAUGGCUAUCCGGGGUGGUAACUCUGGUGGUUUGGAUGGCAUUGAUGUUUGGUCGACCAAUGUCUGGGUUCACGAUAUCGAGGUUACCAACAAGGAUGAGUGUAGCCCAUCGCAGAACAUCCUCGUCGAGAGCAUCUACUGCAACUGGAGCGGUGGCUGCGCUAUGGGCUCGCUGGCGGCGGACACCAACAUCUCGGACGUCACCUACCGCAACGUCUACACCUGGUCCUCGAACCAGAUGUACAUGGUCAAGAGCAAUGGCGGCUCCGGCACCGUGUCCAACCUUCUCCUCCAGAACUUCAUCGGCCACGGCAACGCCUACUCUCUCGACAUCGACCAAGCCUGGAGUAGCAUGGAGACCGCCGCCGGCAACGGCGUCCAACUCGACAACAUCACAAUCACAAACUGGAAAGGUACCGAAGCCGAUGGCGCCCAGCGCGGCCCAAUCAAAGUAAACUGCGCCAGCGGAGCCCCCUGCACCGACAUCACGAUCGAGGACUUCGCCAUGUGGACCGAAGAGGGUGACUCCCAGUGGUACUCGUGCGAGAAUGCGUAUGGCUCCGGCGCUUGUCUGAAGGACGGUGACGAUUAUACCACGUACACGACCACCAUGACUGUAACCGCUGCGCCAUCGGGCUACUCGGCUCCCACGAUGGCGUCGGAUCUGUCGACUGCGUUUAGAACGGGUAUGCCGAUUCCGAUCCCUGCGAUCCCAACUUCGUUCUACCCCGGUGCGACUCCUUAUAGUUCUCUGGCGGGUGCACAGUCUACUUCUGUGUAG